GGAAACGACCGUGAAUAAUAGACGACGCUGCUAACAAAUCCAGACCUACAGGUAAAUGUUCAGUUGUGCACCCCACACAAAGCCUGUCGACAGGCUACGCCGUUCUUAGGCGAGGAAAGCGAACUAUGUAGCGACACGAGAAGCGCCCGGCAGGUGAGAAACCGUCGGCGCAAUAUGUUACCUGGACGCUCAGUACACGAAGCUGGCGUCACGAGGCGACGCUUCCUGGCGACGGAAACUCUGCUACAAUGGCGGACGAAAUAUUCACCUUCACGAUCCUUGCCUGCGGUUUCCUGGGAGGCAAAGCUGUUAAAAUUAAGUGACGAAAAGUGUCUCUUUAUUUUCACCAUUCGCUUGUAAGAUUGUCCACAGAGAACAGCUCAGGUAGAAAACUAUGGCUGACCCUGUGGUGUCAUCAAAGUAUGGCAACAGACCACUGCUGGAGGUGCCAGCUCUAAAUGUGGAGCCAGGCCUUUCAGGACUGGAGAUAGGAUCCCUGCAAGAUAUUGACUCCACACCGGAAUUAGCCAUGGGUCCACCAGCUCUUGUGUAUAGACCUGGAGGAGUAGGCCAAGUUUCCUCAUCAACACUACCGCCAAGUGUUGUCAAUACACUGCAAGCACCAGGUGUUGUCAACACACUGCAAGCACCUGGGUUGCCAGGUAGCCUUUUUGGUCCUCCCCCAAGUCUACCUGGUAUCCCCUACCCUGCAGCUGGCAUCAUGCAACACCCUGCACCUAUGCAACUGCAGCCACGAGCACCACAGCUGUAUGUGGACCCCAGUGGUAACAUCGUGCAUCCAUCUCCCUACACAAUGCAACACCCUCCACCACCUGUCAUGUAUCCUGGAGUUCACAGUUCAUACCCUACCCCUCAGCAUCCACAAAGUCUUCACUAUUCUCCACCUGCAGCCCCUAUGGGGUAUGUAGGAGUUUUUAAAUUGGAAGGGGUCUUAGAAUUUGGCAUUUUGACAACUGUACAUUUCCGGGACCAGACCACUAAUUUCAAUAGUCUUCCUGAAUUCCUGCGUCGUGAACUACACAAGACUUAUGGAAAAUACCCGGUGACAGAUAUCAAAAUAAUAGGACAAGGAGGAGAGUAUCACAUUUAUGCGACGCCACGAGAAGCUGCAAAUGAAGGAGCAACAUUUGAUGCCGAUAACAGAAUGAUUCAGGGCUUCAAUGCUGUGAGAUAAGAGUCAAGUAGCUGCUUUUAUUUCAACACAGACUUAUUUAUAUCACUUGCCUUUUUCAAACCUGAUGUUUUGAAAGCAUUAACAUGUUUAAGGGAAAAUUGCCAAUCUUUCUUUCUAAUCUCUUUGUUGUAUCAAGUCUGCAGUCUAUGCUCAAAACCCUGCAACGAACAUCUAUUUCAGAUUGCAAUGGCAUAACAAAAAGAAAAAAGAUACUUAAGUGGAAACUGCAGAUUGUAUUGUGGUACCUUGUAAAAGCCAAAGUGAAGAAAAAGAAAUGUAUUUAUGGCAUUUCCAUGUUGUCAGCUCAGAUUGUGAUAAAUUAUGGUGUGGUGGCAGAGUUAAUAACACACCGUUAUGUAAAGGUUUUUUUAAUUUGAAAGCAAGUUGCUUCUUCACUUUGAUGUAUAUUUGUUGCUUUGAUCUUUCUGUGCAUGUUGUGUUCAUUUUGAAUCUAGAUUUGUAUAGCAUUGAACCUACUUCAAUUUGUACAUGUGUUAUACAAAUCUACUUAUUCAAUCAUCACUUUAAAUAUCUGUACUUUGCCAUUCACCUGACCACACCCUCCCAUUACCUGGCUGCUGUUUGGAUAUAAACAGAUACCUCUUUCCACAGCCUGUGCUAAUGACAUCAUUUAAUGGUGCCUGGAUGUGGAGGCGGGGGGGUGAUUAUGUGACUAACAACAGUGAAUGCACUGGCCAACAGAGUGGGGCUGUCCAACAGCUUCAUGGUGAACUGUGGGCUUGUCAAGAACUUCAUAAUCAGAUUGAGCCCGUCAAAGGAGUUUAUGACCAACAGAGUGGGCUAGUUAAAAGAUUAUGGCAACAGACUGUGUUGAAGAAAUUUAUGACCAACUAGGUCAGAAGUGGGCAAACUAUGUUCUACAGAUGUAUUUGGAUUGACAUAUCUGCCAAAAUGUGAAAUGCACUUGUGAUAUUUUUAUCCAGCCUAGGUUAAUUUGAUUGAAAUUUAAUUUAUCAAGUACAACAGCAUUAGAAAUUGGCAAUAUGUAACAUUUUAACACAGACAAGGUACAAAGAAAACAAAUAACACGGCUGACAUGUCUGUUGUAGCCAUUAGAGAGCAUUGGGGGCAGCUGCCUUCAAAGGAAAGGUUGGUUUUAAAGAUUUAUUGUGAGCGAAUUUAAACAGCUUCACUUUACAGUUUACACAGUACAUUCAGUAAGUGAAUGCCUUUAUGUACUCAUUUGUUGUCCAUUCCAUUAUUACUAGGUGUGUUGUGUAGUCACAAGGCAUGUUUUUUUUUAUAUUUCACUGGCAAGCCGAAUAGAUUCGAAUUUUGAAACCAGCCUAAGAAAAGAAAACUUUUCCCACCCCUUAACUAGAUGGUUAAUUUGCACAGACUUGUGCACUACCAUGGUGCUGUGACAAAAAAUGUUCCAUCACCUCAAAUGUCAUUGUGAAAAUCCACACUUAAGAAGCCAGCUGCAUGCACAUUGAUGUUGUGACAGUCACGGUGACCAUAUCCUGCAAGUCAGUAUAGUAGUAUAGUACAUGUAAUAAGUUGACAUAAAACUACCUACCUCGUUCUUUGUAAUUAAAAUGUUAAUGCGAGAAAUGCAUCACUGUAAACAUCACUUUGCUGACAUAUGACGACUGUCAGCCGUGGACCACCUGACUUAUGCCCACGGACCACUAGUGGUCUGCAGACCACACUUUGAGAACCACUGAAGUAGAGGACAAAACUCUUCAUCUGUUGUUGGUUAUGCCAAAUGUGCACUCACUGCUUGUGCCUCUCAAGACAAGGCAGGAAGGCGAGGGCCUGGGAGACAGAUGCCUAAUGUGGCUUUUAUCAAAAGAAAAUAUUUUCUUCUGUGGAAGGGGAAGAGCUUUUUACACCCAACAGAAAGAUGCUUUCUGGUGCAGAGCAAAGUAGCACUGCUGCAUUUUCGGUGGCCAGUUAAAAGUAGCCAUGCUAACACAAAAACACCGAGGAACAAAAUAACAAUGUGAAAAGCAUUUGUGAAGCCAGUACCCUGAAGAGGUGUUUCCCACUGAUGGUAACAGUUACAUUCUGCCUUCAGGUGUGUUAAUCGUUUUGACUUCAACUGUUUUUAUGUCUUGUGUGAUGAACACAAAAAACCCAGCCAAUGAAGGAGGAACCAC